UUUCACUCUCCCUUAAGCCCUGCAAUUCAUGGCGGCUCGACCAAGGGUUUAGAGGAUUCGAUUAGCUAUUUCUCUCUCUCUGCCUUGUGCAACUUCAAUUGCGCCUCGGUUUCUUUCAUUCUCGUCCGUCCGCGCCUCCUCGGAAAGCUUCAGCUGGAUCGAGAUUCCUUCCAACACUAAUCUUCUCCCGCUGCUCUGCACCAAACGCAACUCAGCAUAUAAACGAUAAGAUGGUGAAGAAAAGCAAAAAGAGCAAGAGUAAGAGGGUUUCGCUGAAGAAGAAGUACAAGAUAAUAAGGAAGGUUAAGGAGCACCACAAGAAGAAGGCCAAGGAGGCCAAGAAAUUAGGCCUCAAUAAGAAACCUAAAGUAGAGAAGGAUCCUGGGAUUCCCAAUGACUGGCCGUUCAAGGAACAGGAGCUCAAGGCCCUUGAGGCCAGACGUCAGCGUGCACUCGACGAGCGUGAGGAGAAGAAAGCAGCUCGUAAGGAAAGGGCACAAAAAAGAAAAUUGGGUUUAUUAGAUGAUGAAGAGAUGGAGGAUAAGAGUUCAAUGGAAGAGCUAAGGGACAGCAAUGAUUCAGUUGUAAAAUCCAAAAGUCAUGAUCACUCAGAGAGGGCUUUCUACAAAGAGCUGGUAAAAGUAAUAGAAGCUUCUGAUGUAAUUUUGGAAGUUCUUGACGCACGAGAUCCCUUGGGUACACGAUGUGUUGAUAUGGAAAAGAUGGUGAUGAAGUCGGGGCCCGAGAAGCAUCUUGUUUUGCUUCUUAAUAAGAUCGAUCUUGUACCUCGGGAAGCAGCUGAAAAGUGGCUGAAAUAUCUUAGAGAGGAGUUACCAACAGUGGCCUUUAAAUGCAGCACCCAAGAACAGAAGUCGAACCUUGGAUGGAAAUCUGCACCAAAGGCUGGAAAGCUGGGGAAAGCUGGCAAGACAAACAGUGGAGAAAAUAAUCUUCUGCAAACAAGCGAUUGUCUCGGGGCUAAAACUCUAAUUAAAUUACUGAAAAACUACUCAAGAAGUCAUGAGAUUAAAAAAUCCAUCACUGUGGGUAUUAUUGGGCUACCUAAUGUCGGUAAAAGUAGUCUAAUUAACAGCUUGAAAAGGUCACAUGUCGUCAACGUUGGUGCCACUCCUGGGCUGACAAGAUCUAUGCAAGAAGUUCAGCUGGAUAAAAAUGUUAAAUUGUUGGACUGUCCUGGUGUUGUAAUGCUUAAAACCACUGGGAACGAUGCGUCUGUGGCUCUUCGUAAUUGCAAGAGGAUUGAAAAAUUAGAUGAUCCAGUUGGUCCUGUUAAAGAAAUCCUCAAGCUUUGCCCAGACAGCAUGUUGGUAGCACUAUACAAGAUCCCGAGUUUUUAUUCCGUCGAUGACUUCCUUCAGAAGGUUGCGACCAUUAGGGGAAAGCUUAAAAAGGGUGGUAUUGUCGAUGUUGACGCUGCUGCUAGAAUUGUGUUGCACGACUGGAAUGAAGGUAAAAUACCGUAUUAUACGACACCUCCGGUUCGGAACUCGGAGGACCCUUCAGAGGCAAAGAUUGUCACUGAACUCGGAAAGGAGUUCAAUGUGGACGAAGUAUAUGGAACCGAAUCUUCAUUUAUCGGCAGUUUGAAGUCUGUUUCCGAUUUCAAUCCUGUCGAAGUUCCGGCUAAUGCUCCUUUCAACUUUGAUUCGACAAUGCUGGAGUUUGAUCGAUAUCUAAUGCAGGGUAAUGAAGAACUGCAAAGUAUUCCUGAAGGCCGAGGAGAUGAUCAGCCGAUGGAAGAAAACAAAGAAGAAGAAGAGGAGGGUGUAGCCGAAGAUGAGAAAAGUGGACAUAGCAGCCGAAAGCAGAACGAGAAGCUGUAUGGCGAGGAAGGUAUGCUUAAUACAAAGCUGAGAAAAGCUAACAAGAAAAGGCAGAAAAGGGAAACUCAGGCAGCUACUGCUGCUGCUGCCAUGGAAGAUGAUGAUCUUAAUGAAGAUUAUGACUUUAAAGUCGAUUAUGUCGCAAAGGAUGCGACUAUGGUCGACGAUGAUGGUGAAGAUGGCGGUGGUGAUUCAACAAGUUUGAACAAUAGAUUUGAACUGCCUUCUGAGGUUGAUUUGGAUAAUGCAUAGAGAAGAAAAGAAGAAAUGUUUGAUGGUAUGAUCUAUUGAUAUGUCUGAGCUAUCAUUGAUAUUUCAUGUUAAAAUAGACUGCAUACUAUUUAUAUACAUAUAUAUAUAUAUAUGGUAAACAGAAUAUUGUUUUGUAGUAUCAAAUUUUGGUUUUGGAAUUUAAUUAAUUGAGUUGUUUUCUUGGAA